AGUUUCCACGGAGCACACACACACUGCUGCAUUUUACUGGGGGCGAAGCGGAUAUUUUGGAGGCAAAGUUAUCGGUGCCGAAGUGGGAGCCCUACCGAGCCGAAGCCGAAGGUGUUGGGCUGUUCCGGAGCCGCGGAUCGGAUACGCACGCAGCGCGCAAGCGGCGAGGAAACGCGGAGUUUUAUUCGCACAUCUGAAAUGCGCUCCGGUCCGCCGUGCGCUCUCCGCCACUGACAGCGUCUGCAGCCUGCUUCAAGAUGGCGGCUCGGCUCCUAUUCAUUUUCUGCUGAUCGCCUCCCAACUUUCAUUGUCUAUCCGCCUCAAGACCCACCGAUCCCCAGCCGAGCCUCCAGGAUUGUUGUUUUCGUUCCCUCAACAUGCAUCGGACGACCAGGAUAAAGAUCACCGAGCUCAACCCUCACCUCAUGUGCGUCCUGUGCGGAGGAUACUUCAUAGACGCCACCACCAUCAUCGAAUGUCUCCACUCAUUUUGCAAGAUGUGCAUUGUGCGCUACCUGGAAACCAGCAAAUACUGUCCCAUCUGUGAUGUACAAGUGCAUAAAACCAAGCCACUGCUCAACAUUAGGUCUGACAAAACUUUACAGGACAUCGUGUACAAGCUGGUCCCCGGCCUCUUCAAAAAUGAAAUGAAGAGGAGGAGAGACUUCUAUGCGGAGCACCCGGUAGAUGCUUCUAACGGAUCAAAUGAGGAUCGUGGCGAGGUGGCCGACGAGGACAAGAGAAUAAUCACAGAUGAUGAGAUCAUCAGCCUCUCUAUUGAGUUCUUUGAUCAGAGCAGACUGGGAGUAGCAGUGGAGGACAAGCAUUCGAAAGAUCAGGUGGCUAACAAGAGGUACCUGCAGUGUCCAGCAGCCAUGACAGUCAUGCAUCUGAGGAAGUUUCUGCGCAGCAAAAUGGACAUCCCAAACACCUACCAGGUUGAAGUCAUGUAUGAAGAUGAACCGCUCAAAGAUUACUACACGUUAAUGGAUAUAGCUUAUAUCUACACUUGGAGAAGGAACGGCCCGUUGCCGUUAAAGUACCGGGUCCGACCCAACUGUAAGAAGAUGAAGGUGAGCCAUGCGCAGCAGGAGGGCCAGAACAGCGCCAGCCGGUCCGGUCCGGAGAGCGACUCUGCCAGCGACAAAGCCGGAAGUCCCGCCGGGGCUCCGUCCACGUCCUCGUCGCUGCCGAGCCCCGGUACGCCUGCGCAGUCCCCGCACCCGCAGCUUCCGCACGCGCCCGGCGGCAACAACAACAACAGCAGCAGCAGCAGCGGCGGCGGCGGCACCGUGAACGGGACUCCAGCAGCAGCAGCAGCAGCCGCCGCCGCCACCACCACCACCACCACCACCGCCCAGACACCCAGCCGGCCCUUCACCCAGUUCGGCAGCGGAGCCGGAAAACCCCGCAAGGUCUCUCUGAACGGCUCGUCGACCUCCUCCGGAUGACGCGGGGCCUCGAACCGGAGCCGCCAACGCCAGACACCCGCUCAGCUAAUACUGUUUUCAUGCCAACGUAGUUCCAUUGUGUAGACAAUGUUCUCUCUCUUUCUCUCUCCAUUUGUUGUUAUAAAUAUUAUGCCAUCAUUUGUAAGUUUAAACGUAGUGGAAUCAGAGACAUUUCAAACGGAAAAAAAAGGAACGAGGAGGUUCGGGUGGGAGUUUUUAUUUUUUAUUUUUUAUUUUAAAUAUGAAAGCAGAUGUUGAAGGGGGAAAAAACACCAGAAGGUUGGAAAACGGACAAACAUUUAUCCCAUUUUUUUUUUUAAAGGCUACAUCUUUAUUUUACAGAAGUGACUGAAGGUGACUUUUAACGUGUUUCAUCAGGAUCCUCUGUGUGUUGGGAUAUUUUCGUAGUUUGAAACACGCAUGCGCACCUUUUUUUCUUUUCUGAAAGAGGGUCGGCGCCAACAGAAGUGUCUUCUUUUUUUUUUUUGACAAGUUUUUGUUCCAGGCAUGGAAAGUGGGAGGUAAAGAAAAAAAAGAAGAGUUUGUAUAGCGCUGUUGACUUCACAGGGGAAAAACCUAUGGAGGAUUAAGAAAAAAAAAUCAACUUUACUGGAAAACAACAAACUUUCUUGUAGCUGCGGUGGAUGAGAUCGUUCAUCCUCCACGUGUUUAUGCGCCGUUUUAGAGAAUCCGCGUGUAAAUAGAAACAAAAAUGCAUAUUUAAUCAGCGAUGAUGUUAUUCUCUUAUUCCCCCUUUUGUUCCGAGGGAAUGACUUGGGCUCCUGUUCGGCUUCAUUUCAUGCUCAAUGACAGAUGUUUUGAUGUCUCUGUUUUCCGUAUUUGUAUCGCUCGAUUGUAUGGACAACUUAUUGUAUUGUUACUGUUGCACAGUAUAAAACAUCUAAAUAAAAACAUUUUACACUUA